AUGACGAAUGAGUCGUUGUACAGUCUGGCUGUCAAAUGUUCACAAAGACAGCUUUCCUCGGGCGAGUUUUUGAACCUGUAUAAGGAGUUUUACAACGAAAAGCUAGCGUCUGAGGCCGGGUCCGUGGAUGACGACAGCGAACCGCCAUCUAACGCGGAGAGCAAAACCACAGCGACAACCAUAUGCACACAGAUGGCGCAGGAGUUUACCAAGAUAUUUAAGGAACAGCACAACUUAAUACUGAUUGAUUAUCUUAUAGAAAUUCUGUUUGUCAACUACAACCCUGAUUUGAUUCACUUGUUUCUCCCGCUGUUGAAGACUGUCUCUACAGGUGACGGUAACAACGAUAACUUACUGAUUCAUUUUUUGUCUAAACUGAGCGCAUAUUUCGUUCAAUUGAGGGACAAGCUCGUGGGAGAUCAACUGGUCAAGGACUUACCUGGUGUCAUAAUACCAAACCUGCUGGAAAUUCAGUAUGGCAACAAUAAUGAAUUAAGUGUGGCGCUUGCAAAGUGCUUGCUGGUGCUUUUGAAGUAUCCCUCAAAUGUAUUGACGAUAGAAUCCGUUAGUUGCAGGGACAACGCGCAUCAUUUGUUAUCCAAGCUUUCGGAUAUCAGCAGACUGGUUUACAAGAAGCUGCUACACACGCUGGAUAAUAAAGUCAACUUCAAAGAUUCGAAUGGUUUAACCAAGGAUGUAUCAGGUCAGGAGCCCAGCUCAAUAUAUUCUCCGAGUAUUACCUCACCGCAGUUUAUCUCCAGCCCUCUUUUCUCGAUGAAGACACCGAGUUUGCCCAAUAAUAAGGAUGGGACAGUAUCCACCAUGAAAUAUAAGGAUAUGAAGCUGUUCCGUUACUACAAGAACAUAUGGCUAAACAACAAAAUAAUGAAUUGGGAGAUGAUAGGCUCAGAGUUCUUGAGCAAGUAUAACUCGAUAUCGUCAACACUGUUUCCGGAAUCGGCUGAUGGGAACCAUGUCACAGUUCCCAAUGUAGAUAUGCUUCUUAUCGAUCUCAUAGAAACAUCCUUCACGUGUUUCGCCCAGUACGUGAGCAAUAAGCAGUACCAUCGCACUAACUCAAAUUUGAAUCUGUUGGAGAGACAAUGGAUCAUAUUCAUAUCAAAGCAUCUACCUAUACUUCUGCUGAACCAUUCGUCGAAAAACCCACAAAUCGUCACCACCGCUUUGGAACAAAUAGACCCCAAAGUAAUCAAGGCUAUUACCUCUUACUAUUCAGAAAAGGAUGAUAUGCGAGUUAGAAACGACGACUUAUUCGAUGAUUUUUCAUCAACGAGCUUUGACGUCAGACACGACUUUAUCAAGUCACUAGUUUCAUUGGGAUUGCAACCCCCUACAUUGAUCAACGAAUUCUUACGGGAGGAUCAAGCGGUCGACCCGAAAUCACUACCGGUCACCGAUGAUCUUGUUAUCACGACUUCCCAGGGGACACAAGAAACCGUAGGCGAUAUCCAGUCAUUUAUUAUUUCGUCACUAGACUCACUGGAACUAGAAAAUAUUUGCAGCGAUGACGUGAACAGUGAAAGUGACAUUCCUCAUAGUAAUGUGCGUUCAAGUAUUAGCGGGGACUCAUUCAACGGCAUUCACCAAAUACUGCAAAACAACGAGACAAUUCCGCCUACGAAAAUGAAAGAGAUUUCAACUGUGAUAUUUGAACUCUUGAAAGAUGCCAUAGCGGUCGGUAAUCACUCCAGAAUUUCAAAGAUAUGCGCAUUAUUAUGUUUCAAUUUUAACCAUUCUCUGAUUGCCUUCUUUUCAUUCCAGUCUCCACAAGGAAUCAUUGAAGACUUAUUGCACUUUGUCGAUAAGGUGUGGCCCAAUUCUUCUCACAGCAGCAAAGACGACAACACCGCUCCCGAUGAGUCAAAUGACCUAUUUCUGUCAUUCAGUUGGGCGUUACUACUGUUAACUUCCAUUAAUAAGAAUAUAGGUAUCUCCCUGGUUGAUGUUGCAUUAAAGUCGUCGUUAGAUAUUCCAUUGGAGGAUUCGUUCACUAUCAAAUUUAUUGACCAGCUCACAGAAAUCCCGGACGACUACUCUAUCGAGCCACAGAACCGAACUCUCCCAGAGGUGCAAACACAAUCUCACAAACUUGUCAGAAACUGGCUAUCGGACCUCUUUAUCAACGGUUCCUUAUCAGACCAGCUGACCCAAAAUACUGACGCGAAACAGCUCGCAACAUUACUGCCAUUCAUUCUUAAGCAGGUAUUAUAUGCUCUAGAAUGUAAUGUUGUAACUGACAUGAACAAUGUAAUUGGCGGCUUCGAAUAUUUCUUGCAACCGUUCAUGAUUGUUGGAUUGAUUAAGAUUGUUUUCUGGCUUGAAAAAUAUUUGAGUUACUUGAACAAUGAGCCUGAACUGGUAGAAUUGACUCAAAAGGUGUUAGUAAUUAUGAACUCCUUGCUAAAUCCGACCACACUUAACGAGGAUUCCAGAACCUUCCAUUGUGCGGCCUUGAGGUUAAAUGCUAUUCCAUUAUUAAAGAUGUUGAGGAAAUUUUGCGUUCCCCAAACACAGACCGAGUACGGUGUUUACUCCUCAGACACCCAAGAACCUCCAAUGGUGGAGUCCCUGAUAAAGAAACUGAUUUCCGUCAUUAAUUUUGCCCCUGUAUACAAUAUGGAUCCUAGAAUUGUCUCCACAGACAACAUCUAUCUGCAGCAAAAGCCCAUUGGUUACGGUAAGCUACAGAUAUUGAACGAAAACCCGAUAGAUAAAAUUAUGACGAACCAGAUCAAUUCUUUCUGGAAUUUGCAUAGCAGCACGUAUUACAACAUCGACUUUCUAAAUGAGAUCAUAAAGUUGAUCACCCCUAAGAAGUUCUUUUUCGAUGUUUUGAACACACUAACCUAUAAGAUAAGUGUAUACGGGGUACCAGCAGCGAGGAACAAGAUGUCUACUGUGGACUCAGACCAUGUAAUCGAUUACCUGUUCUACUUUUUGGUUUUACACGACUGUGAAUCUCAAGUGGACGCUGGCUAUAUGGUGCAGUUAUUGAGCGGAAAUCUAGAAAUCGACAACAGUGCCAUUAAACCGAAGAAAGAUUUAGUAAAGGCUAAAGAGCAGCCAGCUGAUGAUCUCGUUGGUGUCCCGAAGUCAGAAAUAGCGCAAGAUGACGAUUUUGUAAUGCUGUUUGGCGAAAAUGACACUAGCUCGCACAACAUGAACGAUGAUAUGCAGGAUGUACACUUCGAGAGCAGUGAAGACGACGAGGUGAAAAAACUGCAGAAGUUUUACGCAUUGAAAAAAGAUUCAUUUGGCGUGAUCCUGUACCAACUCAAACUGGUUCAUGAUGCAGCUGUCAAAGACGGAGACCUGUCAAAGACUGAAUACGAGAAAUUCAACAAGCAUUACGAGAAGUACUUAUCAAUGUUGAAAACAUUCAUUUUUUAA